GCUCCGCCGAUCACCAACUGCAGAUCUCGGCGCCGCCGGCUUCGGAGCUGAAGCAUGGAUGACGACGGGCUGGGAAAACCUCUGCUUGGACGUGAGAGUCUCAGCACCCAAGACAUUGAUCUGGGGAACCUGCCCCUCGAAGAAGUUUUUGAGCAGCUGAGCACGUCUCGAUGUGGUCUCUCCUCAGCGGAUGCCGCGGAGCGGUUGCAGCUGUUCGGCGCUAACCGACUGGAAGAGAAGCGCGAGAACAAGGUUCUCAAGUUCAUCAGCUUCAUGUGGAACCCUCUGUCCUGGGUGAUGGAGGCAGCAGCUGUGAUGGCAUUGGUCUUGGCAAAUGGGGGUAGUCAGGGUCCUGACUGGGAGGACUUUGUGGGAAUCGUCUGCCUUCUGAUCAUCAACUCGACGAUCAGCUUCAUCGAGGAGAACAAUGCCGGGAAUGCCGCGGCUUCGCUCAUGGCCCGCUUGGCGCCUAGAACAAAGGUUCUUAGAGAUGGGCAAUGGCAAGAGAUGGAUGCCUCUGUAUUGGUACCCGGGGACAUCAUCAGCAUUAGGCUUGGUGACAUUGUCCCUGCAGAUGCGCGGCUACUCGAGGGAGAUCCUCUCAAAAUUGAUCAGUCAGCUCUCACUGGAGAAUCACUUCCUGUCACCAAAAGGACCGGCGACCUAGUGUUCACUGGUUCAACUUGCAAGCAUGGUGAGAUCGAAGCUGUCGUCAUCGCGACCGGGAUCCGCUCGUUCUUCGGGAAGGCGGCUCAUUUGGUGGACUCCACAGAGGUUGUUGGCCAUUUCCAGAAGGUACUUACCUGCAUAGGCAACUUCUGUAUCUGCUCGAUUGCGGUGGGGGUGAUCGUUGAGGUUAUCAUCAUGUUCGCGGUCCAGCACCGGUCGUACCGGGAGGGGAUCAACAAUGUGCUUGUUCUUCUGAUCGGAGGGAUACCGAUCGCGAUGCCGACGGUUUUGUCGGUCACGCUCGCAAUAGGUUCUCAUCGCCUAUCUCAACAGGGUGCCAUCACCAAAAGAAUGACAGCCAUCGAGGAAAUGGCCGGAAUGGAUGUUCUCUGCUGCGACAAAACUGGGACUCUCACUCUCAACCAUCUUACCGUCGACAAAAACCUAGUCGAGGUUUUCAGCGGAGGAAUGGACAGGGACAUGAUCAUUCUGUUGGCUGCAAGAGCAUCAAGAGUGGAUAAUCAAGAUGCAAUCGAUAUGGCCAUCAUAAAUAUGCUUUCUGAUCCCAAAGAGGCACGCGCAAACAUUACCGAAGUUCACUUUCUCCCGUUCAAUCCGGUAGACAAGAGGACGGCCAUAACAUACAUUGAUUCUGGCGGCAACUGGUUCCGGGUCAGCAAAGGUGCUCCUGAGCAGAUCCUCAACCUGUGCUUCAACAAGGAUGACAUCGCCGAGAAGGCGCAGCGGGUCGUCGACAGCUUCGCGGAGAGGGGCCUCCGUUCACUAGCAGUUGCUUACCAGGAGGUCCCGGAGAGAUCGAGGCACGGCGAUGGCGGGCCGUGGGUCUUCUGCGGCGUGCUGCCGCUGUUCGACCCGCCGCGGCACGACAGCGCCGACACCAUCCGCAGGGCCCUGGACCUGGGCGUGUGCGUGAAGAUGAUCACCGGCGACCACCUGGCGAUCGCCAAGGAGACCGGCCGGCGGCUCGGGACGGGGACCAACAUGCACCCGUCGGCGGCGCUGUUCGGCCGCCGCGGCGGCGACGAGGGGGCGGCGGCGGCGGUGGAGGAGCUGGUGGAGAGCGCGGACGGGUUCGCGGGCGUGUUCCCGGAGCACAAGCACGAGAUCGUGCGGCUCCUGCAGGCGAGCGGCCACGUGUGCGGGAUGACGGGCGACGGCGUGAACGACGCGCCGGCGCUGAAGAAGGCGGAUAUCGGCAUCGCGGUGUCGGACGCGACGGACGCCGCCCGGGCCGCCGCCGACAUCGUGCUGACGGAGCCCGGCCUCGGCGUCAUCGUCUGCGCCGUCCUCACCAGCCGCGCCAUCUUCCAGCGCAUGAGGAACUACACGGUGCGUCUGGGCCCUCCAUGCCACGCCAUUGCCAGCACCACAAAUGUUCAGUUCGGUUACUGGGAUUUGCUUGUGAUGAUUUCUACCUUGCCGAUGCAGAUCUAUGCCGUGUGCAUCACCAUACGAAUAGUGGUUGGGUUUGUUCUUCUGGCGUCGAUAUGGGAGUACGACUUCCCGCCAUUCAUGGUGCUCAUCAUAGCCAUACUCAACGAUGGGACGAUCAUGGCGAUAUCCAAGGACCGGGUGAAGCCGUCGGGGAGCCCGGACAGCUGGAAGCUCAACGAGAUAUUCGCGACCGGGGUCGUCAUCGGCACCUACCUCGCGCUGGUCACGGUGCUCUUCUACUGGGCGCUCACCAGAACCACGUUCUUCGAGUCUCACUUCGGGGUGCGGUCGCUGAAGGGCGACGCGGAGGAGGUGUCGUCGGCGGUGUACCUGCAGGUGAGCAUCACCAGCCAGGCCCUGAUAUUCGUGACCCGCAGCCGGGGCCUCUCCUUCCUCGACCGGCCGGGGACCCUGCUCGUCUGCGCCUUCGCCGUCGCGCAGCUGGUGGCGACCCUGGUGGCGGUGUACGCGGCCGUCGGCUUCGCGUCGAUCAGCGGCGUCGGGUGGCGGUGGGCGGGCGUCAUAUGGCUCUACAGCCUGGUCUCCUACCUCCCGCUCGACCCCGUCAAGGUCGCCGUCCGCUACGCCCUCAGCGGCGAGGCCUGGAGUCUGCUCCUCGACCGGAAGGCUGCGUUUGCAAGGAGGAGGAGAGACUACUACGGCGAGGAGGAGCGGCGGGGGGCGGCGCUGUCGGCGCGGCGGGCGCUCUCUGACCAUCUCCUCAGCAGCAGGACGCCACGCUCCGCCGUCGCAGAGCAAGCGAGGCGGCGCGCCGAGAUCGCCAGGCUGGGAGAAACGCACUCGCCAAGGGCGCACCUCGAGUCUGUGAUGAAGCUCAAGCGCGCCCGGUCGGCUCACUCCGUUUGAUGAUCUGCACAAGUUGACUGUGGAACCUUUGUUACUACUCCGACUAAUGUGUUUUUGGCCUGAAUACAUACAUACAUAUUCCUAGUAGUGUGUCAUUACUAAAUAAAUAAGGGAGGGUGCAUCAUUAGCUUGCUGCAGAGAUUUGGUGUGAACAGGUUCA